CGCCUCCGCCCUCCUUACCUCCCUCGCUCUCUCAACGCAGACCCUCCUUUCUCCAUUGUCCCACAACAAAAUGAGAGAAAUCCUCCAUAUACAGGGUGGCCAGUGCGGCAACCAGAUCGGUGCUAAGUUCUGGGAGGUCAUCUGCGACGAGCACGGCAUUGACCCCACCGGCAAGUACAACGGUGAUUCCGACCUCCAGCUCGAGCGCAUCAAUGUCUACUACAACGAGGCCAGCGGCGGCAGGUACGUUCCGCGCGCCGUCCUUAUGGAUCUCGAGCCUGGCACUAUGGAUUCCGUUAGAUCCGGUCCCUUCGGUCAGGUCUUCCGCCCCGAUAACUUCGUCUUUGGCCAGUCCGGUGCCGGCAACAACUGGGCCAAGGGCCACUACACCGAGGGAGCCGAGCUCAUAGAUUCCGUCCUGGAUGUUGUGAGGAAGGAGGCCGAGAAUUGCGAUUGCUUGCAGGGAUUUCAAGUUUGCCACUCUUUGGGUGGAGGCACUGGCUCUGGAAUGGGAACACUUCUCAUUUCAAAGAUCCGGGAAGAGUAUCCAGACCGCAUGAUGUUGACAUUUUCUGUCUUUCCUUCUCCUAAGGUAUCUGAUACAGUUGUAGAGCCAUACAAUGCCACACUUUCUGUGCAUCAGCUUGUUGAAAAUGCUGAUGAAUGCAUGGUCUUGGACAAUGAGGCUCUGUAUGAUAUCUGCUUCCGAACUCUGAAGCUUGCUACGCCUACCUGUAAGCACCUCCCUCCCUUCUAUGGUGAUCUUAACCACCUAAUAUCUGCUACCAUGAGCGGAGUUACUUGUUGUCUACGCUUCCCCGGACAGCUGAACUCCGAUCUUAGAAAGCUUGCUGUCAAUCUUAUCCCAUUCCCGCGUCUCCAUUUCUUUAUGGUUGGGUUUGCUCCCUUGACAUCCCGAGGAUCCCAGCAGUAUCGUGCCUUGACUGUGCCUGAAUUGACCCAGCAGAUGUGGGAUGCUAAGAACAUGAUGUGUGCUGCAGAUCCACGCCAUGGUCGUUAUUUGACUGCUUCAGCAAUGUUCCGUGGUAAGAUGAGCACAAAGGAGGUGGAUGAACAGAUGAUUAACGUACAGAACAAGAAUUCUUCAUACUUUGUUGAGUGGAUUCCCAACAAUGUGAAGUCUAGUGUGUGUGAUAUCCCGCCCAAGGGUCUUAAGAUGGCGUCCACUUUCAUUGGAAAUUCAACUUCAAUUCAGGAAAUGUUCAGGAGAGUUAGUGAGCAGUUCACAGCAAUGUUCAGGCGCAAGGCUUUCUUGCAUUGGUACACUGGUGAGGGAAUGGACGAAAUGGAGUUCACUGAGGCCGAAAGUAAUAUGAAUGAUCUGGUGGCUGAGUAUCAGCAAUAUCAGGAUGCUACUGCUGAUGAGGAAGAGUAUGAAGAGGAAGAAGAGGAGAUGGAUGCUUGAGUGCCCGUUGUCAUUUCUCGAAAUUCUUGAAAUUUUAAUAUGGUUGGCUUUGAAUGUGUGGAGUCCAUAUUUUCGAGCAGUCAUUAGCUUGACUUGUUAAUUUGUUUGUUGUAUGGAUCAUGGGCCAAAAUGUAAGCCGGGAUUUGUUGACAAGGUUUUGAGACAACUAUUGGAUGGAUUCUUCCAGGCAAAUUAAUCUAUAUUGACGUUGUCAAGUAA